AUGUCACUUCAGGCACUUGAAGAAACAUCCAUUUCCUUCACAAGUGAAGUCAGGGAACGGAUGAAGGAAAAGAAAAAUGGUGCAUUGAAGACGGCAAAGCUGAAUGCUUCUCUUGCAUCGAAGAUCAAAACAAAAACAAUAAGUAAGUGGCAGUAUUUAAAAAUAAUUUGUUAUGCUUGAGCUCUGGCGCUUCACUGGAGACCUGGACUAUUCUAUUGAGGUGAGUUAUAAGACAAGAGUUGCUGACCUUUUACAGCCUAAGUGAAUGUGACUAAAGUCGUCAUUAAACUCAUUCAUACAUCCUUCACUUACACACAGAAUCAUAGAAUUGUAGAGAGUCUAGUCCAACCCCCUGCAAUGCAGGAAUCUCAGCUAAAGCAUCCAUGAUAGAUGGCAAUCCAACUCCUGCUGAAAAAACCUGCAACAGGUUGGCUCUCUCUCUCUCUCACACACACACACACACACACACAAAAAACAAAAACAAAAAACCCACAGGCGCACACUCAUCACUGUCAGCAAUGGGCUGAGGCGAGAGGUUUAAAUCCAUCACAUGGCUGGGCUAUGGGGCGAUUUCCCCAUCACAGAGCUGAGCUUACAUGCUGGAAAGGUUUAAUCUUCAACCGCAAGCACAGCCAAUAUAGGGCAUUAUCAGAACAAAAGCCUUAUAGGACCUACCAUAUUUUUUGCUCUAUAAGACUCACUUUUUCCCUCCUAAAAAGUAAGGGGAAAUGUGUGUGCGUCUUAUGGAGCGAAUGCAGGCUGCGCAGCUAUCCCAGAAGCCAGAACAGCAAGAGGGAUUGCUGCUUUCGCUGCGCAAUGAUUCCUCUUGCUGUUCUGGCUUCUGAGAUUCAGAAUAUUUUUUUCCUUGUUUUCCUCCUCCAAAAACUAGGUGCAUCUUGUGGUCUGGUGUGUCUUAUAGAGCAAAAAAUACGGUAUUUCCCCCCACCUGUUCCGCGCAGCAAAACCACAGAUGGUGCAGCUUGAGUUGGUUAUACAGAUGGAGUGCUGUGUAUUUGCAUGAGUCUGGUUUAGGGAAUGCCAGCCUUGCUGCUGCUGCUGCAUAUCCCUGCAAUGUGGAGAAACACUAGGUUUCUGUAAAUGGAGGGAGGAGAGAGAAGAUGAUAACCCAGCUGUUAGCAGGAUUGGGGAAGAUUUGACCACUCAAAUGCCACUGCACUGGGACUGAAAACACAGCUAAGGCCAGUGGUGAUACUUAUAAAUCACUUCCUGUGCCAUUUUUCUUGACAGUUCUUUGGCAUUUUUGUGUUCUCUGAAAAAGAUGUAUGAUUUAUGGCACAGGUCUUAUGACUCUAAACAGCAGCAUAAUAUUAGUGAUUGAAACUGCAUUUGUUCAACCUUGCCAAGCCACUGCUGAUUGCCCAGGGGAAGACCAGUAAGAAUUUGCUUCAUAAUACCCAGCAUAAGUCUGUGGUAGGGUACACAGGUUUCCUAUGUUGAUUGGAGCUCACCUACCAAUUUUGGCUGCUGAUUUCUGUUCUUGUCUUGAUAAGGCAAAAUUUUGGAAAGGGUUGGCCACUAAAGCUAACAAAAACCACCCGUUUUCUCUCUCUCCCUCUUUUGAAAAAUACAGAUAACUCCUCUAUAAUUAAGUUCUCCCUAAAACAGAACAACAAAGCGUUGGCUUUAGCUCUCAAUGGUGCAAAGGGAGCUAGUCAAAGACUAACUGCUGAAAAGAUGCUACUGCAAAAAGAAGUGGAAUCGUGUCACUUUGAAAAUGCUUCACUGCGCCGAAAGCUCUUCUCUGUGGUACGGUAUUUGCAGCCAUGUUAUUUCUCUCUGUGGUAACUGGAACCUUUUCUUCAAUGGUGCAUAAACCAGGGGUGAAACUAGGCUUUAUUUUACCCGGGUCAAAGACCCAGUUUGGUGCGCGCGCACACACACACACACCCACACCCAUUAGCAUUUUGGAAGGGUGUAACGAGGAAUUGGGUGUCUUGAGUCACAGAAGGCUGGAUUAGGGAACCUUGGUCAAGGGGAUACACACAUUGACAUGGCAUAUCCUACAAAUACUUGAUAAGGUCCAUGAGAACCAAAGUCAUAAGAAACAAGAAAGGCAACUGUGGAGAAACAAAUUUUGUUUAAUUUUGGAAGCUCUUGUUACUAAUUUAUGGAUUAAGAUUUAUGGAUUAAUUAAUAGAUCAUACAUACUUUACAACACAGAGAUAAAAUCAUAUUUAAAACUAUAAAAGAACCCAUGGGGAAAUUAUUAGGAAUGUUAUUUAUGUUAAUUUGUAUACUGCCCCUCUUCCCUCUCAGGGCAGUUCACAGCAUUAAAAUUCAAAAUGAAAACACAGAAUGCAUAAUAAAAAGAAGAACAUUAUUCUAAUUGCUUCUUUGAAAAUACUGUAAAGAGUCUUUAACUUAAGCUUUCCAAUGCUUAUUAGGCCUGGUUUGCUUGUUUUUUUUAAUUUAAACUCGAUCAGUUUAAAAAUGUUAACCUUUUUGUUUGUGCGCAGAACAAAUCUAUUCACGAACUGCACCAAUAUAUGAACAGCCACUUGCAAAUAGCAAUCAAGCUGAGCAGACCUCAGGAUGAAGAGGAAGGCACUGCAUUGGCACCUGAUCGGGACCCGCCUUUUGGUGGUAUAACAGAGCUUUUAUCAUAUAAUUACUUUUACUUUGGCUGUAUGCGGCAUAUAUCUGGCAGGCAACCCCAGUAACCUUCAAACAUCUCUUGAAAACCUUUUUAUAUGCUGACAAAUCUAUUUGUUGAAUUUCUUUUUAGGUGAGCCACUCAUUCUUGUGAUGAUUCUACAUUGUUUUACGAUUUUUAUUUUGUGCACCUCCUUGAUAUAUUAUGUGAGUGGGUGGGAUAUAAAUACUUCCAUAAAUUAAACAUAGCACCCUCUGUAUGAGUGAGAGACACAUGUUAACCUGAAAGCCAUAUGCUUGGGACGGCCACAUCUGUGGUCUUGGAAGUAAGCCUACCCAGUGGGAUUUACUUCUGAAUAACCAUGUAUAAGAUCAGGCUGCACAUUUUAUUCAUUGCCUGAGCUUAUGUGGCACGGAGGUUGUCUCUUCCUUCUAACUACAGAUGUGGUACAGAAUCAUUUGAGGACUAUUUCCAGUUACUCCUGGCUCAACCUGACACUGGAACUGCCUGUAUUCUGUACGUUGCAGUGUAAGAUGGGAAUCUGCGUCUUACUUAUGUAUUUAUUUACUGUGCUGUUUGGUGCUGGGAGUAUACCAGUCAGGAAUGCACAAUUCUGUUCCUUUUCAGUACUGGGCAGUAGGUUCAGUGUGCAUCAUGCUUAAUUAUUCUUUUACAGUCCUGUGAGCAUUUGGGGGAAGAAAUAAGAGCCAAAUUUCUAUAACCUUGUCUUUAGGGUUUGUUUAGUCCCAAGUGAUGGUCCUUAAGUUAAAGUCAGUUGUGGGCUGUGGAUAAGGAAUGGCAAGCAGAUUUGGCCAAGACUAUAUCGUGGAGGUCUGGAUGGAACCCCACCUAUUGCAUCAGACUGUGAGUGUUACACUCAAUGUAGGCAACCUUAAAAGGCAUAGCUUUUAAGGCAUGUCUUCAGUACCAAAUGCCAUUUUUCCUAAGCAGGCAAACUUUUUUUUCUGAUGAGGGCUGUGUUCCCAUGAGGGAAUUACAUGUCAGCUGGCAGAAGAUCUGAGUGGGGACAGAGUAGAAAGUAGGCAGGGCUGCUCCCCCCCCCUUUUCUCUUUCUGCUGCCACCUUCCUUCUUCUCACUCCCCCUUCAUGCAAUGGGAGCCACAGCUUGUUUUGCCUGAGGUUUGAUCAGAUUGCUUGCAGUGGGCUUUUGGAGUUAGGUCUAGAAUCGUAUAAAAGAAUGCCUUGCUGUUUGACGUGUGCUUUAAAGAACAGCAAAGACUUCAUGCCCGAUAUAAGUGCCAUUUGAUGGUUGCCACCAAAAAGCUUUUGUAAUUACAGAAUGGGCAUAGACGUCAACACACACACGCACACACAAUUGGAAACAAUUUUAUGCAUGCUUAUGUGGGUUAGAAAGCUGGCUUGUUGAAGCUAACUAGAUUCACCACUAACUACAAUUCCCGGUUCAGAUAACAUGGGAAGCCACAAUUAACUGAAAAUGGAAACAAAUUCUUCUUAACUCCUUGGUUGUGCGAGGGAAAUGAAAAAUGCAUGAGUCCAGGAAGUGGCUAGGCUCAUUUGCAUACUAAACAUUGCCGUUGUUUAGUAUAAUGUCUGAAUAUUAAUUGUGGGGCGUGACACACAAUAUGAAGUGGGGUUGGGGGGAGGGUUGUUGCUUUAAAGCCCUUUAAAGCUUCCUGGAAGCAUCUGCCUGGUCUCUGUUGGAAAUGAGAUGGACCUUUGGUUAGACUGAGAACUACGUUUCUUGCUUUCUUACUGCGCAAGCUUAAUGGAAUGUUCAUGGAUUCUUUUUUUAAAAAAGCAAGUAUGUGUUCACCUACUAAAUUCAGCUAUUUGUCAUUGUAGGAAACCUUUUGAGAACACAACGAUGUCCCAGGAGCGGCUUGCUGUCCGUCCUGAGUAACAGUUCACCUCUGCAGCACUGUGAGGUGACUACGAGACCACUCAUUGGUAGCGUGCUGUUAUCAGGUGGUCACGUGACUCAGAGGAAGAAACGCAGAACAAGCUCAUCAGCUGCAUCUGGAGGUGAUUCUCAAAAGAAGUCCUCAGAGGUGCUUCAGUGGACAAAGGAAUCAGAGCAGGCUGUUAAAGAGUAUUUUGAAGUCAGUCAGGCUGGUGAGCUUUUGGCACCAGACACCAAUAAUAAAAGCUAUGAGACAAUCAAAGCCAAUGAAACCACAGCUGUAAAAAAAGUGAGUAUGGGGAAUGUGCACAGGAGCUCUUCUGCUGUCAGGCAGUCAAAAGGACAUUUGGUUAAUUAUAACAGUGGAAUAAGGAAUACUUUUGUGGUAGUACCGUACAAAACCUCUGAAUCGAACAGUAGCGCGAUGACAAUUCCGGAGCCUGCACGUCACACUGAAGAGUCAAGUCAAGUCAAUUCUCUGGAAGAAAGACCACCACUGAACAGCUGCGGCCAGGAGGCGGCGGAUAGUACCCAGCACCGUGAUAAAGGCAGAGGUUGCAGAUUGACAUAUGUAGUGCACCAGACUAUUCCAAAGCAGGUAGAUGACUGCAACACUUUGACUCAGGAAAUUGAAAAAAGAACAUUCUUGGGAAAAAUGAAGAAUUCAGAAAGUCAGUUCCAAAAUCCUGAUACUAUCUCAUUAAGCAAUGUGAAACAUACUUCCCAGUGUUCUGAUAAAACCAGGGAUUGCAGAAGGACCUAUGUAGUGGACCAGACUUCUCUAAGCAAUGUAGAUGACUGCAAUGCUUUGAUUCAGGAAACAAAAAAAAGAACAUUCUUGGGAAGAAUGAAGAAUUCAGAAAGUCAGUUCCAAAAUCCAGAUACUAUCUCAUUAAGCAAUAAACUACAAGAUAAAAAGAGCCAUGCCUGCAAUGUGAAACAUACUUCCCAGUGUUCCGAUAAAACCAGGAGUUGUAGAAGGACCUCUGUGUUAGAGCUAGGUCCUCUAGAUUAUCAGAACAAUUCUGUUCCCGUUGCACAUGAAGGAAAUGCACCCUCGGAAAACUUAGAGGAUCGAGGAAUUGUGUUCCAAAGUCCGGAGUUUAGUUUGUUAAGCAACAAGGCACCACUGCAUGCUCUUGGUACAAAACAGUUGGUUGGUUUCCAAAAGCAGAUUCCUGGCGAAGAAGCAACACUGGAUCUGAAUGUGAAGCAUAAAAAACCCAAGAAGACGACCCGGGAAAUUUGUUUACAACAGGAGAUCAGUGAGAUGGAGCUACAGAGCUUCAAUGUUGAUGUGCAGCCUCAAGAAACCAAGGCUAAAGAAGGGCACAAACACAAAACAGUUAAAGCGAGCAAGGAUAAUGCAGGGAAAGAACAUGGGGAAACAGACAUGGGUCUGAGUGCUCAAAGAGCCAAUAAAAGGAAGAGGAAGAAUUUGAGUUUCACUUCUCAAUCAACAAGUCAAGAAGAUGCAACCCCUGUUUUCUCUCUAGGGAAUGUGCAUUCCGCAUUUCGAGGUUCAGGUUCCAGGACUCAGCAAGAUUCUUUCCAUAGGGAUCUUCCUAAGGCUUCACCUCAGGCUGACUCUGUGGCUGUAUGUCCCAAAACUCCUGAGUCUUCCGCAGUUGGUCUUUCUAAGACCACCUUACCUCGUUCUUGUAGUUCUGUUCAGUCACAUUAUGCACUUCAAGAUCAAGUGAGCCCAGAAAGAAACUCGUCUCUGCCCAAAGUCUCAACAGCUUUAAAAAAUGAUUCAAAGCAAGUGGCUUCUGGCAGAUGUGAGAAAAAGACAGCACAUGCAAUUCCUGAAACCUUGCAAAACACAGCACAAGGAAAAGGUGAGUGAUGAAAAGAGGCUGUUGAUGUUCAAUAGGAGGUUCAAUAGGUGAAUUGCGGUGGGGGGGCGUGAAGCCCUCCAUCUAAAUCUCAGCAUUCACCUCUUUCUGUGUGCAAAUCUGUGCACUCCUAUUGUGUUUGCUUGAUUUAAGCUAACUUGCAGACCUGGUUUUCUCUCCCAACCAGCCCAGAGCUUUUAUUGCUCUGCACCUAAAAUGAAAGCUAGACUGCAGUAUAGUGGCAGCUCACUGUGAGAAAGCUCAGGAAAGCAAAAGGUCUAUGAUUGGAUGGAAGUUUGCCCUAUACACGUGCUAGACGUUUGCCAAUGCAAAAAGUGAAGAAACAGAUGGUUUUUUGUUUUCUUCACUGUGAUUGGAGGGGGAUGGGAGUCCAGCUAAGAAACACAAUAGCUGCUUUGUGCUCCCUUACAAUAUCCAUAAAUUGCCCAAAGCCAAGAAUCAAAGAUGCGGGCAAAGGAUAGUGUGCUGGUUUUAUCUCCUGCCUCUUAACCUUGUGUGAAUUAUUACUAUUAGGUAUUAAGGGCAUGUCCACAAAGGAAUUUCCUUUGCUGCUGUGCUUCUGCUUUAGUGGAAGAAGAGAAGUAUAGGAAGUAAUAUUUAUGUUAAAGAGGUGCCCUGAAAUCCAGAGAUGUUUUGCACAAGUUGCAUGUGUGAAUCUCUGAAUGAUACCUUGUCUGGGAAAUAAACCUGCACCUUUGGGAACAGGAGAACAUUAGUAACCACUUGCCGUUGGGAACCAUGUGGAAUUUAAACUACUGCUUUUGAAAUAAAACCCAAUUUGGUAGCCAAUCAGGCCUAACAUUGAAUUCUCAAUUGACUCUGGAUAUUCAGAGUUUAGAAACGCAGGUGGCACUGUGGUCUAAACCACUGAGCCUCUUGGGCUUGCCGAUCACAAGGUCAGCAGUUCGAAUUCCUGUGUCGGGGUGAGCUCCCGUUGCUCUGUCCCAGCUCCUGCCAACCUAGCAGUUUGAAAGCACGUCAGAUUGAAAGUAGAUAAAUAGGUACCGCUCCGGCAGGAAGGUAAAGGGCAUUUCCAUGCGCUGCUCUGGUUUCAGUAUUCCGUUGCACCAGAAGCAACUUAGUCAUGCUGGCCACAUGACCUGGAAAAACUGCAGACAAACGCCGGCUCCCUUGGCCUGUAAAGUGAGAUAAGUGCCGCAACCCCUGAGUCGUCUGCAACUGAACUUAACGGUCGGGGGUCCUUUACCUUUACUCUGAGUUUAUUUAUUUUUAAUAGGUUUAACAGGGAUUCUCAGUGUAGCUUAAGCAGUGAUCAAUUCCUGACUUUUCACAGAGCACAAGGUCCUGCAAGAUUCAACCAAUUCUGUACCUCUGGAAUCACCUCCAACACGGCCAAGAAGACAGACAAAAGAAGUUUGCUAUGCGCUGCCCAAGAUUAACACGUUAGUAUUCUGUUUGAUGCCGAGUGCCCUUUUAUAAGAGAGGGAGUCAAAAGACAGAUCAUGGGAAUCCUUUGCUGUCUAUGGCCUGAAACCUUGACUGUCUUGCUGGGGGUGCUGUUUCCCGGAAUAUAAAAAUCAAAAACAGUCUGUGUACAACAAAUUAUAUUGCUUCUCUCUCUUCUCUGCUGCAGCAAACUGAGGAGCGGUGACCCAUUUACAUUUUCUAUCUACCCCGGGUCCCCUGUGUACAACACUAAAAGAAAGAGGUUGCCCAGAGGAUCUGGAAAGUCCAAGGCAACCUAA